UGGCCUUACCAGCUUUAUUCACGAGAUGAUAUUUCGGCAGAUAAAUCAUAAGUAAACAACACUACCGUGACGUCAGUGGUGAGGUCCAAGGUUGAGCAGAUGCCGGUGAACGGGAAAGAAGAAGAAAGAGAUGGCGCAUGAGGGAGAGAUGCAGGCAGGAGGGAAACCCCCGGGGGUGGCUCGUGCGCGGGCGCGGCUUUGCGGGUCAGAGUGCGUCGGGUAUAUAACCGGGCGGAUGCCGUCGUCCCUUAGUCUCGCGCUUAUCGUCGUUGCGACGACCCGCUCGAGCUCGACGUCGACGUCGAACGCCGUGAUCCGUGACGUUCCGAUGAUGCUGUGCGGUGCAUACCGAUCUGCACGCCGUGUAGAUCGGCAGGGUGGCCGAUAAUAUAAAUGACAGAUCGCGGGGAGGAGGUGGCCGCGUUUGUCCCACGUCCGAGGAACGUGUCGCCAUCACCCUCGACGGUAUAGUGCAGAGAGAUUACGUUUUUAUGGGUACAACUGCAUUCAAGCGUUUUCGAUGCGAUUCUUCGUGUCGGUAAAUUAAACAAAUAAUUAAAGAAAUAUAACGAAAAAUAGAAAAAAGAAAGAGAGAUCGAUAGUAAUACAGACGGUAUACAAAUCUUGUAUACUUAACAAAGUUUCUCCGUAACGUUUUACGAAACGAUUCAUUGAAUGAUCGAACGGCUCUUAAUUAGAGCCUGCUCGUAGCUCUUUUUUAACGCACAAGUUAAACAAGUUUCUCCCCUUUAUCCUUCGAGAAGUCGUCCCGAUAUGAACGUUGUGGAACGUUCGUUGCCUACUACUCGAGCGUCGAGAACGCCCGACUUUUCACUCGAGUGUCAUCUUGCCGGUGGCAAGUAGCGAGAACCAGCGAGAUCGCUGGGGGAGAAUCGCGGAGAAGUUCGAUUCCGAGGAUCCGGCUCGGUAGGAUCGAGAAAGAGGGAAAAAAUUAUUGCGAUACUCGUCCAGAGAUUGGAUUUCAACAGCGCAAGGGACGAAGCUCGGACGAGGAACAAGAACAGUAGGAGGAAGAGGAAGAACCACGGCCAAGCGGUGGUGGCGCCGGGUGAAGAGGUAGAAAAGGGAUUGGAGUGCGCGGGGGGCGAAGGCGCUGUCGCGGAGGAUUUCAAGUCGGUGCCCCCGGCGAGAUACGGUCCCGCUAGUAUAGAUCUAUAUGCACAGUGAAAUUGUGGCGACGGAGGAGCCCCGGCGACGAGUAUCUAGGUCACACAGCCGUCCUCUCGACAGUGUCGCAGCCUGUUCUCCAUAAUUCCGCGAGAAUCCCUUGAUGCAGCAGAAAAAAGCUGGAGACCGAUCGGCGACCAAAGGACUUUCUCGCUCUUCAGGCGUUCUCAAGUAGCUCGCCAAUCUAGGACGAUCGGAGUAACCGCGAGGUCGUUUCAUCCCCUUGUGGUUCUCUCCCGAGUAAUUGCGACACGUCGCUAUAUCGCGCGGUAUGUGCUCGUAUCAUACGUAACGUUUUGUGGUAGCGUAACGGCACAAACGACACCCCAGGUAUCGGAUAAGGGCGCGAGUAAAUCGCGCGGGAUCGGUGGUUGCGUUUCGCGUGAUCGGAGCUACGGAAGAAUGCCUGCGAGCGGAUGGAUGUAACGGUGCGCGCGUACACAUCGGACACGCGCGAACUAUCGGACGCACGAGCCACCCGGGAACGAAGCCGCAAACGGCUGCACCCAACUGUUUGGCGUUAGUGUCAUUUAUGUCCGGGGGCGACGAGCGGGCCGGAAGAAGCAUACCGCGGUUUAUUCCGCCGGGAGGAACCGUAAUGAUCCGCGCGGGUCAGUGAUUUGCGGUGCGGCGGGGAGGCGCGCGGGUUGCCGUGGCGCGAUAGAUCGAAUCGCGGUAACGAGCUGUUACGUCGUUACGCGGUUACGUAAAAAGAAUCCCACCCAGCGUUCCCACGGGGACAAUUCCCGAGGAAAGUCCACGCGAGGGCCGUUAUCCGAGUCGCGCACGCCGAGCGAGCACCCGUUGCUACCCUUCAACGUGGAACACGCCCGACCGACCGAUCGACUGGCCAGCUCCGACCCGGUAAAUAAUGAAUCCCUGCAGUCAUUUAUCAAGCUUGCGAGACGAGCGAACGCUCGGCGUAUCGUCGUCGAGCUAAAUGGCAGAGAGCAACGCGAGGCACCGGCUAGCACCGCGACGCGCCGCGUCGCUUCACCGCGAGCGUUAUGCGGAGAUCGUCGCAUCCCGUUGACGUGAUUCAGGAACUCACGUACUGGAAGCUGACGGCACGACGGCGUCUACGAUCUGUCCUGCUCUUCCCGGGACCGUCGAUGUAAUAUCAAGUAUCACGCGGAGUGUCAGGGUUCGCGAUCAAAGUGGCGUUUAGCGGCGCUUGAACGAUCCGACGCAGCGAAAUUCCACACGGCGCGUCUUUCGACACCGGCUCUUCCUCGAGCGAAGUAUUCGCUCUGGAAAUGCGCGAGUCAGCCGAUUCCGAUCACGACCAGCGCGCUCGCACCGAGUGGUGCGUUGAACCGUACGGAAGAUAACGGUGCCCGAAGGAACCAGGCUCGCGAGGCUUCAUGACAGUGAUCGUGACACGGACUCGCGAGAAACGAACGAACGUGAGAGCUUACGUCGCGCGUGACAGCGAGCGGUGCCCGGCGACAUGAGGCGACGCAACAACGUAACCACCACCUGCUUCUGCCAGACGUCGUCGUCAUCAUCGUCGUCGUCGUCGUUGUCAUCGUCGUCAUCGUCGUCGUCGAUGAAGAGAGGCGGACGCGGCGGAUGCAACGGCACCGAGGCAAACGAGCCACCCGGAUGGUGCAUCUACGCGGCGGUCGCGUUCGUCGCGGUCGGCUGCUAUUUGAACGCGCUCGACUGCGACUUCGUGCACGACGACAUCCCGGCAGUGGUGAGGAACAGGGACGUGAUCGGCGAGGCGUCCUGGAGUAGCGUGCUCAAUGACGAUUUCUGGGGCACGCCGAUGGAGAGCAUCAAUAGUCACAAGAGUUAUCGACCGUUCACUACCCUGACGUUUCGGUUGAACUACCUAAUGGCGGGUCUGAGUCCCAUGUGGUAUCACGCCACAAACGUCGCCUUACACGCCGCCGCGUGCAUCUUGGUCACCAGGGUCAGCCUGGUGGUAGCGGCACUUAGACCAGGAUUCGCGGCCAUCGCCGGAUUGCUGUUCGCGGCACAUCCUGUGCACACGGAAGCGGUGACCGGCAUCGUGGGCAGAGCGGAUGUUCUAGCGUGCAUCUUCUUUUUGCUGUCCUUUCUUGCCUACCACGGCCAGCAGACGGCUUACGUGUGGUCCAGUGUUUGUCUGGGUGCUCUGUCGAUGCUGGCGAAGGAAACUGGCGUUACUGUUCUGGCACUAAACUUUCUUUACGAUCUAUGUCGUUCCUGGCAUUCAAUCAAGAGAUCUAUUUUCGAAGCCAAGUGGAACGACGAUUCUAGAUAUUUCUCGAGGCGUGCUGCGGCGUUACUCGUUUCGUUUGGCAUACUUCUUGUGGUACGGCUCGCUCUGCUCCACGGUACUUUGCCGAACUUCUCCGCGCAGGAUAAUCCGGCUGCUUUUCAUCCUUGUUUCCACGUCAGAUUGAUGACCUUCUGCUACCUGGCGGCGCUGAACUGCUGGUUACUACUAUGUCCGGCCAUACUCUCGCACGACUGGCAGAUGGGAUCCGUUCCUCUGGUCACGUCUUUCACGGACACCAGAAAUCUAGCCACCUGUAUAUUCUUCGGCGGUUGUCUGGUUCUCACGUACAAGGCCUUCACGGAUUUCGAGCAACAGAGGCAUCCGCCUCUUGUUCUUGGUUGGAUGUUCCUGGUAUUGCCGUUCCUGCCUGCGUCCAAUCUGUUCGUCACCGUGGGUUUCGUCGUUGCGGAGCGGGUUUUAUAUACGCCGAGUGUCGGCUGGAUCAUUUUGAUCGUCUACGGCAUGCAGGUGAGCUGGACCGCUGUACCACGACGAAGAAGCUGGAUCACGACGGGCGUGUUUCUCCUCUUCGUUCUUGGAUGUUCCAGAACGGUGCUGCGAAAUAAAGACUGGACGUCCAGGGAAACUCUAAUCAAAGCGGGUCUGCGGUCUCUGCCCUACAAUGCCAAGAUGCAUUACAACUUUGCCAACUUCCUCAAAGACACAUCGCAGCCGAACCUUGCGGUCCACCAUUACCAGCUGGCCCUUUGGCUUUGGCCGGGAUAUGCCAGUGCACAUAAUAAUCUUGGGACGCUUACAAUAGAUGACCAAGCGGAGUAUCAUUUUCUAGCAGCGAUUAACGCUCAACCGGGCCACGUGAAUGCUCAUUAUAAUCUCGGACGAUUGUACAGGAGGACGAACCGAACCGAGCAGUGCAUCGAGAUGCUGCGGAGAUGCGUGUCGCUGGACCCGGCGUAUGCGCCGGCGUUUCGAGUUCUGGCGAGGAUUGCAACCGGUCCCGCAACAGGCGAGCUCCUGAGGCACGUAAUUCACCUCCAGCCACGAAAUCCGGACGCCCUCGCCGAGUACGCUUACUGGCUGCACAAGAACGGGAGAUGGCUGCCCUCGCUGCAGUAUUACUUCAAAGCCCUGGAGAUUUUUCCGUCGCACAAGCCAUCGCUUAUAGGUACACUUAGGAUUCUGAGGCUGCGAGGCCAGUGGUCCAGGGUGCACCAACUCAUCAUCAGGUGGCAUUUAAUGUUACGAGCGAAACGAGGCGGUUUCAUCUAUCGCGGGGAUUUGUAUAUUCGUGCGUGGGAGCUACAAAGCGAGUCUCGUCAAAGGGCUCAUCAGCAUCAGCGGAAUCUCUGUAUAUCGGAGAAUGGAUGUUCGAGGCCGCGCGUGGCCAGUGUGUCGGUGCGGCUCGAACAAGACAGCAACAAGUCGGAGCAGCUGCAGCGAGCGCCGCGUUGCAACGUACGCGCUUGUAGGCAGCCACGAAAAGGGAAGGCCCGUGUGACCGCACCUACCCUGCUUGUGCAGAACUUCCUGGAGACGCUUUAGUGCACGCGGAUCGAGGAACGGAGGUCUACCUGCUGCUCGCUCGCUAGCUGAAAACCGACUGCGAGGCGCGAGGAAGAUGAAGGCAGCGCGCGCUGCAGCAACCUCGUCCAACGAUCGUUAGCGACAAAGAGAGAAAAAAAUCGAGAGCGAGAGGGAGAGAAAGAAAGAGAAUCCUAUCGUAAUGGAAUGCCUGAAUAUUUUUCGUAUGCCGUGUUCGUGUGCUGCAAUCCGAGACUGCAAGCUCGACCCACAAGUCGAGCAGGAUCACCCGUGAUACCGAAAUGGACGAAGGUACGCAUGUAUCGUUGUUAUAUCGUUUCUAUGUGUGUCCACACUUCUUCAUGGCAUCCUGGUUGUCCUGCCGAUCGGACAGUGACAACGCGCCAGUCGCGAUUCCUUCGCUAUGAAAUCGGAUGCGCUGAAUCGCUCGCGUCAGGAAAGAAUAACGUGUGAGCGAGCGAGCGAGCGCGACGCGGGCGAGUCGAAUGUUAGAGUUAAAAUUUCUUGAAAAUUAUUUUGCCACUUUCGUCGUAAGGAUAUUUAAACGAGAGAGGACCAAGGGAGAUUCGAGCGAUCAACGUCGCGACGAAUGACUGUAACGAGCUGUCUCUCGCGCGUCGAUCUAACGAGACACGACGCGAAGCGUACUUUCCGCACGUUCCGGAGCACGUGUCCACCGACACUUUUGAAACGCGUGAUAAUUGUAAUUGGUAAUAUAGUUACAUGUAGUACAUGACGUGUUUCUAUAAAUAUUCGCUGUAUCUCGUGUGUGCUUUCAACGUUCGUAUGUCUGUUUCGAUGAAAGCUCCGACAAAAAGCUGCCAAGCGCCAACGUGUAACAUCAGGAAUACGCGAUUCUUUACUUGAACGAUAUCGCGGUAGAAAUUGAGGAUCGUAUUGUACAACGUUUCGACGAGAAAGUUCCGGCGGAUGAUUCGGCAGAACUGUGGUCGUCGGGCAAAUAUUUAAUACGAAUGAAUGUGUCACGUGCUAAAGGCAAAUCAAUCUCCCCGUCAAGAAGCGUAUGCACAUUCAUCGAGAUAUGUAUUAUAUUUUGCCUGCCGCUUAAUGAAAGCUGUACGCGAACAACAAAAUUGUGCCGUCGUACUUUAUUUUUUUCAUGGCAAUGGCAGUAGUGCAGUAAGACGAAUACAUAUUCAUACUUUUAAGAUACUUUUUCUCGGAUCAUUCUUUGUGUGCCUCUCUCGUAGACAUGCAAUUUCGCGCACGUAAAUACACGGUGCCAACACUAGGGUAAUGAGUGUACCGCUAAUUCGCGGCGUUUGGUAUGGCUUUUGUAUGAAAAUUAAAAAAAAACGAGUGAAACACAAUUUCAAAGAAUUACAUUCUUCGAUGAGCUUGGUAUGGCAACGUUCUAUUGCGAGUAUGUCGUAAAGGGGACUCUACGAAAGCUUUUUCUCACCGUUUUAAGAUAAAAGCUCUCACAUAAAUAAUGAAUAAUGAACUAGCGUUAAAUUCUUUCACUGCGUGUAUUUUUAGUUUUCUCAUUAAACUGUAUAUGUUAAGAUCGAAUUGAAAUUAUACUGAUCGAUACGCAAUAAUAAAGAUAUCAAUAAAAUUGAACAUGUUUCCGGCGCUUUGCAAAUCCGUUCGUUUUCGUUCGGGUUCAUCAGUAAAUGUGAUUAGAUGGAAACAAUGUAAUGUUUCUAUUAACGCAUACUUUUGUCAUUACCGUCACUUUACGAGUACUUGCGAAACCUUGCCAAAACUUAAUAGAAGACCAAUGUACAUACAUGUAUACAAAAAAAAUGUUACAUCGAAAGUUUUGGCGAUGCUUAAACAACACUUCUCUACUAUAAAUUACUGUCGUGUAAUAUUGUUAUAACGAACUCGAGUAUAAAUAAAUUUUGGCCAUCCGACUACAACGGCCUGUAGUACUUUGCAGAAACAGUGCGGAUAAUGGGAGAAAGCAACGAAAUGUGGACGAGAUCUAAAUUAUAAUGGUGUAUGGAAAUGACGAUGCAUACAUAUGCAUGAAGUUACAUUUUUGAUCACCAUGUUUUUCAUCUCGCGAUUUUUGUCUCUGGUACUUGCAGUUGGAAUAUCUUUAUGGUAAUAUUUUGUUUCAAUGUGUCGCAAAAGUUGAAUAAAAUGCCUCGACAUCUUUCUCCCGCCAAUAAUGUUAAGACAUCAUCUGGAUGUCUAAAUAUAUUUAAAAAAUCGCCUUUUACGAAUAUUAAAUAUGAAUUAUAUGCUAUCUUCCUUUUAACGGUCGAUCACGAUUGGGAAGGAGCUUAGACAACAAUGUUAUACGUUAUGUAACAGAGUUAUAAGUUAAUCGGCCAGCGUCAAUCAGAAUUACAUAAAUUUUGCACAGGCAUAAUAUCAUCAUUAUGACUAAGAGACUAGGAGUCAAGCUUUCCCUCGUAGGAACCGUACGGACGAAGCUAUUAAAAUAGGACGUCAUAGGAGAGUUGCUCAUUAGCUAAGGUAAGACACAAAAUACUUGGAAGCUAAUACGUUUAAUACAAUAUAUGGAAAUGAGCCGAGUAUUCUAUUUUUCGUACAUUUAAGCCUUAGACGUUUCCCAGUUUAAAUGAGAAAAUAAGCAUUUAGCACCAUUUCAUUAUAAAUUCCUUGAGGUAGCGGUAUAGCUGCGUAUAUAAAGAAUUACAUUACCCGUGGACAGAUGAUGUCUAUUCUGCUAUAUUAACAAGGACAAUUUUGUGAUAUUACGUAAUGGUCGAACGUCAAAUAGAGAAACGUCGGACGCGGUGGGCGUGUUAAUUAUCCGGAAUUAAUUUUCAAAUUCGUACAGUAGCAGGAAUUGAGCCCGGUGUCUCUCGUGCAAACAUCAGCGACUGCGAUCUGAUUACGGUAUGUGUUUCGUUCUUAUCGCGUAUGGCGAUCUUUUUCUUAUCAGGACGUUUGGCCGAUCAACAAGUCCAACCGCCGAUUAACGUUAUCAUCAUACGAACGGAGCUAACGGGUAGAAUGUUUCGACAGGAAGACAAGAGCGUAGCGUUAUCGAUCCGUUCAACAGCGAAUGAGGGCAAGAGAGCUAAAAGAAGAGAAAGACGAGAUCAUAAUAAAUAAAAUUCGAAAACUCGCGGCAUUGAUACAGAAGUUUGCUACCAGAAAACCGUACGAGGGCCGUGUAUAAUUAGCCGCAAUUUAAUUAGUCUAGGUUACUAUCCAAUAGACCAGUUUGUAUCUAAUUACGAUACGUUAUUACUCAUACUCAUUGUGAAUACAGCAAUUAUAAAUUAUCAUAAUAAAGUGUAUGUUUAUAUACAUAUACCCCUA